AUGAAGCGUUAUAUGGAGAUGAGCGUAAACCCGACCAUUGAGGAGGCGACGGCUGGAUCGAAACCUCAGGACGUUUCAUUGAGGAUAAGUGUCGCAAAUACCAACCUUGACGAAGGAAGCCGUUCUAGCAAAGCGCAUUUCACAAGGCACGAGAUUUUCUAUGGUGGUCUGACGUUGACAUGCGCACAGAUCGUGGACAACGAGGUCCGAACCUUGGGAUUCCUCCAUAACAUCGACUAUCUAAUGAACAGCGAAGACCCAAAUUUUUGCAAGUUUCGCCAUCGCGUCGGCUAUGAACAAUACGAAUCGUUCAACGCUACCACAUCAAUGCUGCCUUUCAUUGACACGACGACCAACAUCAAGUUGAAACUACCAAACGAUGAGGUGGCUCGAGAAGUAGACAGAAUUCUCCGUCUCUCGCCUUAUCGGGAGGAAGGAAUCGCCAUCUUUUCAUCAAUGAUUCAUCGAACGCAACGCUUCCAAGAGCACCUGUGGAGCGUUGUGCUCGAGCCUAUUGUAAUGAGCAAUCUCGACUCGUGGAUGGGAGCAACGGAAUCAUCGUUAACAUCCCUCGGUUUGUUUAUCGAGGAGGAAAGCUGUGUCGGUAUGGAACAAAUGAAGAAUUGUUCGCUUCUGGCCGCCUGCCGUGGUCAGACGAUCGUUGAGCCGCCGCCACUUGUUGAAGAGCCGGUGGUAGUAGACCCCUGCGCAGAGACGCCUAUGGUGACAUUGUCAGUGGUUGAAAGCAAAGCUUCGUUCAGAUUUGAACCAAACACGAGUUACCGUCUUCGACUGGAGGGACUAGACAUGGAAGGGCUGAAAUCGGUAAAAUGGAAAAUUGAAGAACGUACAGUUAGCAACUACGAUCCAUCAAAGCCGUGCCAUGAACAAGGAAUGGCUGUCCAUGAGAACGGAUUCGACUUGAUUCUUAUUGAACCUAACGAAACCCAGCCUGUGCUUAAGUCCGAUCUCGACUACAAUUAG